GCAAGUUCCCGCGAUAGUACACGGUAGAUUUAAGUGACGGAAUGAAAACAUUAUGAAAAGGCUAACCUGACACUUGAAUCGGAAUUGAGGCAGAACAACUUGAUUCCAUGAAGACAUCCUCCACAUGUGAAGCUCUUCAUUGGCUCACAGCAGAGAUGCCCCCACUGUCUUCAAUGGUGUGCUUGAUCGUCUGUGCAGCAGUUCCUUGUUAAGGGCCAUUUCCUAUUGCCUUCUGUGGAUUUCUGCCCAGACCUCAAUGUCUCCCUUCCCUCACACUUUACCACCCUGAGUCUGGAAACGUCACAUCUCCUGAGUAGAACCAGUGAGUCUGCCCCAUUCAGUCCCUGGUUGAACAGUCCACCUGAAUCCAGUCCCUCCGCCCUAAGGCCAUGCUGUUCUCCCUGCAGGAGCUAGUCCAAUGGCUGGGCUUUGCCACGUUCGAGCUCUUCCUCCACCUGGGGGCUCUGCUGGUCUUCAGUGUGCUAGUAGUGCUGCGGGCUGACCUGUUUGCCCCUGGCAUGAGCUGGUGGCUGGUCUUCGUCCCUCUGUUUGCCGCUGAUGGCCUCAGCACCUACUUCACGGCUAUUGUAUCCAUCCGGCUGUACCAGGAGAAUGAGAAAAGGCUAGCAGUGCUGAGGCUGCUGUGGGUGCUGAUGGUGCUCUGCCUCAAGCUGGUGUGUGAGGUGCUGCUGUGCCAGAAGUUGGUUGAGCAGGAACAGGCACGCGACCUGUGGUUUGGUCCUAUCGUCUCACCGCUCUUCAUCCUCCUGCAGCUACUGAUGAUCCGCGCCUGCCGUGUCAACUGAUUCCAAGGGCGGUGUGAUGAGGGCAGGAGUCGUUUAUCAUCCAUAGAAGAUCCAGGUUUAUUCAUACUAGGUGACUGUUUUAAUUAACUGACUAUUGAGAAAUAUUUUUUGGACUAAAGGCUGGAGAGAUGAGGGUCACAGGCUUCCCCUCCAUUUCUAACCUUGUCUGAGGAUGUGUUUUCCAUGAGCAAUCCUUUGUCAGUAUGGCUCUCCUGGACAUUGCUUCCUGUGGAUACCUUUUUUUGUAUUUGAUCUGUUAUGGACCUCUUGCUCAAGCAUGUAUUGAUGGCCUCAUUUUAUCCUUCGUUGUAAUUUAUUUCCUGAUGUGAUGCGGGAGAGGGACAUUUGAGAAUUUAAGUAAUCAGUCUUUUGAAUUUGGUAAGACUGUCUGCAGCUUUGUUUGUUUUAGCCCAUUUAUUAUGUUCUUGUUUUUGUUACCCUUGUUGUAUUUCUCUAUACAGUACCAAUCAAAGUACCUUAUCCUCUGCAGCAGAUGUAACUCUGGGUCUUCCUUUCCUUUGGCGGUCCUCAUGAGAGCGCUUGAUGGUUUUUGCGACUGCACUUGAAGAAGCUUUUCCGGAUUGACUGACCUUCAUAUCUUAAAGUAAUGAUGGACUGUCGUUUUUCUUUGCUUAUUUGAGCUGUUCUUGCCAUUAUAUGAACUUGGUAUUUUACCAAAUAGGGCUAUCAUCUGUAUACCACACCCCCUACCUUGUCACAACACAACUGAUUGCCUCAAACGAAUGAACUUUUAACAAGGUACACCUGUUAAUUGAAAUGCAUUCCAGGUGACUACCUCAUGAAGCUGGUUGAGAGAAUGCCAAGAGUGUGCAAAGCUGUCAAGUGUGGCUACUUAGAAGAAUCUCAAAAAUGAAUUGUUUAACACUUGUUUAGGUUACUACAUGAUUCCAAAUGUGUUAUUUCAUAGCUUUGAUGUCUUCACUAUUAUUCUAGAAUGUAGAAGAUAGUAAAAAUAAAGAUAAACCCUUGAAUGAUUAGGUGUGUCAAUUUUUGAUUGGCACUGUAUGUGUAAAUAAACAUUUGAACUGGCAAAGUUUAUCAUGCAAUAUUAUU